AUGGCUUCCCUUGUUGACGACCCUCGAGUUCUCCGCCUUGAUCGUUUCUUCCAUGACGUUAUCAAUGGGCGAAGGACCCUAUCAUCAGUCCGAGAUGGAAAAACAUUUAUUGAAGCAAUCUGCUCUCAAAAAGAUCCAGCAACAUCAGCCUAUAAACUAUUAUCUGGGCCGUCGGGCCUUGAUGCAAUCCAAACCUCAAUGCGUUUUGACACCACCCCCCCGUUCCUCAACGAAACAUCUGUGCUCUUACUUCAAUAUUUACAAUCACCAGCCCUGAAAGCCAUCAACUCCGGAUUAAGUUUAUCAGAGCUCAUUACCGCGAUAGCCGAGCCUCCCUUUUUCUGGGACGGAUUCAUGAAAGCAUUCAAGACUGGGCAAUUGAAUGAAGAGGCAUCUUAUGCAUUUGCAUGGCUUUUACUCGAGCUUAUCAAUCGUCCUGGAAAGUCACCAGCUACUUAUGUCCUUGUGGCGAAAUCACCUGGUGUCUUAGAUGCGAUUCUAACAUCUGCCAAUGGGGAUUGUAGAAAUUUGGGUCAGAAAAUCAAGCACACUCUAUCCUUAGAUGCAUCCGACCCUGACAAAGACCUUGAUUUUGGGCCCGGUGGAAGACACAAUAAUGACCAUGCGAACCACAGAGAUAUUUCAAUUAUGCCUACAGCAGAUGAACUUCUAUCUAAGGAACGACCAUUUCUACGUACUCCGGACACAUACCUCAAAAAUGUAGAUCCCACUCGAUUAGGGAUCCACAUCGAUAAUCAAUUUCGACUCCUUCGUGAAGACAUGCUGGGCGAAAUUCGAGAGGAGGUUCAGAAGCUCCAAGGCUCGAGAUCGGGACACCAUCGAGGGCUGACGUUCGAUAAUAUUCGAGUGGCAAGCAUACAUAUCAAAGGAGAUAAGUUCCGAGAGCCAUGGGGCCUUAUGUUUCAAUGCCAAGAUGAGUUACAGUCUUUGAAGAAAAUAGACUCUAAGAAUCAAAGGAAGCGCGUCGAUUACCUCAAGGAAAACAGGAACAUUCUUAGGCAAGGAACAAUCGGAUGCUUGUUUGUUGAUGGUGAACCUGUCGCCUUUCCGUCUAUCGAUAGGAACGAAGAAGAAUUGGCAAAAAAACCUGCUAAUAUUGUUUUGCAAUUUCAAGAUGAGACAACUGUAUCAAGAACUUUGAUAAAGCUCAAGAUGGCUCAAAAGAUCAAAUUGGUGCAAAUGGACACGUCAAUCUUCGGCUUUGAGCCAUUCCUCAAGCGCCUACAAGAUAUGAAAGACGUUCCUUUGGCAGAGAAGCUUCUUUCGUGGAGCGAGGAUCAAUUCAAUUCUGGACCGUCAUUCCAGCCUUUGCAACUGAAAAAGGAGAUAGAAAGAAGUUCUGGGAAAGAUCUGAAAUCUCUUCUUUCAACAAAUGAAUCGAUUAUUCUUGAUGACUCUCAAAUUCAGUCUUUACUUGCUAUCUUAUUCCAAAGAGUCAGUUUGAUUCAAGGGCCCCCAGGAACGGGGAAGUCAUUUAUUGGAGCUCUAGGAGCGAAAGUAAUUCACAACUUCACAUCUGAAAGAAUUCUAGUCGUGUGUUACACAAACCACGCAUUGGACCAAUUCCUCGAAGACCUUAUGGAUAUUGGUAUACCGCCCUCUGAUAUGAUAAGACUCGGCGCAAAGUCCACCUCUCGGACACAGGGGUUAUUACUUAGCAAACAAGGUACAUCAAAACUCGAUAACUCCCAAUGGAAUCGGAUCAACAAACUCGAAGAUAGUUUGCGUCUGCACGAGGCGCGAUUGAAAGGUGCUUUUACAAGAUACAACUCUGCAAAUGUUAGUAAGCAGCAAAUUCUGGAUUAUCUUGAGUUCCUAGAUGACAUGCCAUUUUACGAUACAUUUCUGGUACCACAAACCACCAAGAACGGCAUGACGGAGGUUGGUAAGAAGGGUAGAGCUGUGGAUAAGUUCUACUUGCUUGAUAGAUGGACCAGAGGGCAGAUGAAUGCUGGAUCCUUUGAGCAUUCACAGCGCAAGAACUCAAAAACAGUGUGGGGUAUCAGCCCUGAUCAGAGGGCAAGAAUGAUUUCAAGUUGGAAGUCGGCUAUUAUAGAGGAGAUGGUUGCAGAAUUGGAUAAAAUUGGAAAGCAGUUCAAUGCCGAACAAGCAGAGAAAAGUGAGCUUCUUGGACAAAGAGAUGCAAACAUGAUCAAGUCAAAGAGAAUCAUUGGCUGCACGACUACUGCGGCUGCAAAAUACUCCACCGCAAUCCAAACAGCAUCUCCUGGGGUCUUGUUAGUCGAGGAAGCCGGAGAGAUUCUUGAAGCUCAUAUCUUCACAGCUUUGGGGAGGAAAACUGAACAGGUGAUACUCAUUGGAGACCAUAAACAACUUCGUCCGAAGUGCAAUACUUACGGCCUCAAGGUUGAACAAGGGGACGGGUACAAUCUGGACAUGUCUUUAUUUGAAAGACUCGUACUUGACGGCUUCCCACAUGUCACUCUGACAAAACAGCAUCGUUCUCGACCGGAGAUAUCGUCAAUUAUUAGACAUCUUACCUACCCUGACUUAGUUGAUGCCGAUUCGACAAAAAAUCGGAAAGAUCUUCUCGGCUUUAGAGACAAUCUUAUCUUCGUAGACCACACAUCUCCGGAACACGAUGUGAGUGUCAAAGAGAUGAGGGAUAAUGUGGAGUCGACAUCAUCCAAGAAGAACGAAUUUGAAGCCAACAUGAUACUCAAAUGCGUUAAGUACCUUGCUCAACAAGGAUAUGGCUCGGACAAGUUGGUUGUCUUAACUCCCUAUGUAGCUCAGCUUAGACUACUGCUUGAGAAGCUUGCGAAAGAGAACGAUCCUGUCCUUAACGAUUUGGAUAAAUUUGAUCUCAUCCGUGCUGGACUGUAUGUUGACACUGGUGCCAAAUCUUCCAAGCCAUCACUACGGAUUUCCACUGUUGAUAACUAUCAAGGCGAACAAAGCGAUAUAGUCCUCGUUUCUUUGACCAGAAGCAACUCUAGACACGACAUUGGCUUUAUGUCGCAGCCUCAACGCCUGAACGUUCUUGUGUCUCGUGCUCGAAAUGCGUUGAUUAUGAUUGGUAACUCUGAAACCUUCAUACAUUCUCGAAAAGGAAAUGUCUUAUGGAAGAAUUUCUUCGACUUAUUGAAAGGCUCAGGACAUUUUUAUCCUGGCUUCCCUGUAAAGUGCGCGAAUCACCCUGACCGAACGGCAACUCUGACCACACCGGAACAUUUCGAAGAAUAUUGCUCAGACGGCGGGUGCAAUGAGCCUUGUGGUGCUCUACUGAGUUGUAAAACUCAUAAUUGUCCUAGCAAAUGCCAUCAGGUUUUCGACCAUUCUAAAAUGUUAUGUACGGAGAUUUUACAGCAGAAGUGUCCCAAAGAACAUACAAUCAAAUCGAAAUGUCAUGAAAAUCUUCCAUUGAAAUCCUGCCACAAGUGCGAAAAGCAAAAACGAGAUGUUGCCAAACAAGCAAAGAAAGAAUUAGAUGAGCAGUUGCGACGAGAUGAGAUGAAGCAAAAACAUCAAAAAGAACUUGAAAAGCUCCAGAAGGAUGUCGAUAGGGUACAACAAGAGAUCCAAGACUCCCAGCUGAAAUCAGAACAGGAAGCAGUUUUAGCACAGAAGAGAAAGGAUCUAUCUGCCUUCAAAGACCGUCUAAUUCGAAUUCAAUCGACACCGAUAGUAGAUAACUCGAUAUCUACUACCAUGAGUAAGGCACCGGCUCCUACUGCUUCUUCUCUCGUCAUUCCCAGUGAAAUACCUACUAGUACCUCGAGUGCUACACCUCCGCAACCCCAUGUAGUUCAACCACAGUCUCCCCAGAAAAGCAAGAAUGUUCCAAAGAAACUCCAGACGCUAGUUGGCCAGAAACCUUCUGCAUCAAAGAUCGAGUGGCAACGACAAAAGGACCAGGAGAAUGCGAUAAAUCCGGCCAUAGACAAGAUCAUGGAGAUGAUUGGGCUUGAAGAUGUAAAGUCUCAAGUAUUGCGAAUUAAAGCAAAAGUCGAGACUUCUAAGCGCCAAGGGACAGAUCUAAAAAAGGAAAGGUUGGGCUUAAUUUUGCUGGGUAACCCUGGGACAGGUAAAACAACAGUAGCGAGACUCUACGCCAAGAUCUUGACAGCAUUGCAAGUUCUUCCUGGUGAUGAAUUUGUCGAAACGACUGGCAGCCAUCUCGCACAUGGCGGGGUAAAUGAUGUCAAAAAGCAUUUAGGCAUUCUGCACAGUGCUCAGGGCGGAGUUUAUUUCAUUGAUGAAGCUUAUCAAUUGACAGAAGGACAUAACGUCGGUGGUAAGACAGUUUUAGACUACCUUCUAACAGAAAUAGAAAAUCUUGUAGGCAAAGUUGUUUUCGUCUUCGCCGGAUAUCGUAAGCAGAUGGAGAAGUUCUUCGAGCACAAUCCCGGUCUACAAUCUCGUCUACCGUAUACGCUUCAUUUUGAAGAUUAUACCGAUGCUGAGCUCCUUGAAAUGUUGCAAUAUCAGAUCCAUAAAUUUUAUCCAUCUCCUAUGAUGAUAGAAGAUGGCCAAGAUGGACUUUACAUGCAAAUUGCGGUCCAACGGCUCGGCAGGGGAAGAGGAAGAGAAGGCUUCGGGAAUGCGCGAGCUCUAGAGAACAUGUUCGCGCAGAUUCGUGAACGCCAAGCAGAUCGCUUGACGAAAGAGCGCAGGGAUGGCCUCGGUCCAGACGACAAUCUAAUUACCAAGGAAGACCUGAUAGGACCAGACCCAUCUCAAGCUAUUCUGAAAUGCAAGGCAUGGGAUGAGCUUCAAAGCCUUACUGGUCUUAAAUCCGUCAAGGACUCUGUAAGAUUCAUAAUCGAAAUCAUCAAGACGAAUUACAAACGAGAGUUGCAACAGAAGCCAAUUAUCGCGGUAUCAUUGAAUCGCGUAUUUCUUGGCUCUCCAGGUACUGGUAAAACAACAGUGGCCAAGCUAUAUGGCCGUAUUCUCUCAGAUUUGGGAAUUCUGAGUAACGGGGAAGUUGUUACAAAGAAUCCAGCCGACUUUAUUGGCAGUCACAUAGGACAAUCAGAGGAAAACACGAAAAAGAUUCUUGCUACUACACUUGGGAAGGUUCUAAUCAUAGAUGAAGCAUACAUGCUUUACCCUAGCUCUAAAGGUAGUCAUGGUGGAGGCGGAGGCUCUGAUAUUUACAGAACAGCAGUGAUAGACACGAUUGUUGCCGAAGUACAAAGCGUACCUGGUGAUGACCGAUGUGUAUUACUUCUAGGCUACGAAGAUAAAAUGAUUGAGAUGUUUCAGAACGUGAACCCGGGCUUGACUCGACGCUUCCCUCCUGCCGAUGGCUUUCAGUUUGCCGACUUCAGUGAUCAGGAGCUCGAAGAGAUCCUACAGCAGAAGUUGAGUGCAUAUGGACUCGAUGCAACUCAAAAAGCAGUAGCUGUUGCCAUAGAUUUGCUCGCACGAGCUCGAAAUGGGCUUAAUUUUGGAAACGGGGGUGACGUAGAGAAUUUAAUAUCCAAGGCGAAGAAAAAUUAUCUUUCUCGACAGUCAAAAUUGCCUUUUGGUCAACGAUCCAUCGAUUUCUUGUUUGAGCCAGAGGACUUUGAUCCAGACUUUGAUAGAGCAUCCGGUGCGGAGACAAAUCUGAAAGAACUUUUCAAGGGUAUCAUAGGAUGUGAUACUAUCAUUGCGAAGCUUGAUGGAUAUGUGAGAGUGGCGAAAGGCAUGAGAAAGCUUGGGAAAGAUCCUCGGUCCCAGAUACCAAUGAAUUUUAUAUUUAAAGGCCCGCCAGGAACUGGGAAGACCACAACUGCCCGGAAGAUUGGCCAAGUUUAUUAUGAUUUAGGGUUUCUAUCGGAGGUAAAAGUUGUUGAAUGUUCCGCGUCAGACCUUGUUGGUCAAUAUAUUGGGCAGACUGGCCCCAAAACAAUUCAACAACUUGAGCUUGGCUUGGGGAAAGUUCUCUUCAUUGACGAAGCAUAUCGACUUGGGCAAGGAAAUUUCUCCCAAGAAGCUAUUGAUGAAUUAGUUGAUUCCAUGACUAAACCAAAGUUUGCGGGUAAAAUGAUCAUAAUUCUUGCAGGAUAUGAAAAGGAUAUGAACACGCUGCUUACCAAAAAUGAAGGCUUGAAUAGCCGUUUCGCUGAUGAGAUCAAUUUUCCGGCUCUUACCCCCAAGGAUUCUCUUCUCGUUCUACAAAAUGCCUUGGAAACGGAGAAUAUCUCCAUCUACGGGUUGAAAGAUAUUACCAGUCACCAGCCUUUCUUAGAUUUAAUUGCAGAGCUUUCUAAGUUGCCUGCUUGGGGUAACGCGAGAGAUAUGAUCACACUCGCCAAGAGCAUGACACGUGCAUUCUACCAAUCUACCACGAAUACUACAUCUAACAACCCUAGCAUCAACCUGUCAUACGAUGAUGCUAUGGCUUGUAUUCAAGACAUGAUUGAUAGCAAAAAAGACAGGGCCCACGUGCAAGGAAAACCAAGAUAUAACUUGUCCAAAGAUGCACCAGUCAUGAGCAAUAUUCAACAACCGCCUGCUCCCCCUUCAACUUCCGUCAAUACUUCUACCGCGACUAAAAGUGCAUGUAAUGACAAGCUUGAUGAUGAGCCCCCAAAGCCAUUAUCCGAAGAUGACGAACCGGAUACCGACGAUGUUCGCGAUGCGGGUGUUUCCGACGCGAUAUGGGCUCAACUCCAACGGGACAAAAAAGCAGCCGAGGAGAAAGCCCAACGCUACGCAGACGGAAUGCGCAAAAAACAAGAAGAACUCCGCGCCCUCCAAGCCGCUGAGCGCAAAGCCAGAGAAGAAGCCCUGCGAGCAAUCCAAGCAAAAAAUGAAGCCGAAUGGAAGGAACAACUUCGGCUGCGCGAGGAAGCGCGACUUCAUGCGUUAAAAAUUCAGGCGGAGAGAGAACGUAUGGAGCGGGAACGAGAGCGGAGAAGAUUGCAAGAGGAGUUGAGGAGAAAGAAGGAGGCGCAAGCGCAGGAGAAAUUGAGAAAUUUGGGGGUAUGUGUCAUGGGGUUUCAGUGGAUCAAACAGGCGGGUGGGUAUAGGUGUGCGGGGGGAACUCAUUAUGUGUCGGAUUCUCAGUUGGGGGUUUGA